AUGAAGGGUACCACUGGAGGAGUUCAACGUAAGGUCCAGGACACCUAUGGAAAUGCUUACUAUGUUCACUGUUAUGCCCACCAGUUAAACCUUGUAAUGCAACAAGCAACAUCCCACAUCCCAGAGAUCAGUCACUUUUUUUCUGAUAUUGGGGGAUUUUCUUCGUUUUUUUCCAAGUCAAGCAAGAGAACGGCAGUGCUUGAUGAGGUGGUGGCGCAUCGACUUCCAAGUGCAUCGGCAACGCGCUGGAACUUCAACAUCCGCGCUGUUAACACAGUGUAUGAACACAAGGCGGACCUGGUGAAGUGUUUUGAGACCAUCCGGAACAGAGCUGAAUUUGACGGCCCCACAAAAAGAGAGUCUGGCGGCUAUGUGAGAAUGCUGAAAGAUAUUGAUUUCUGUUUUUUCCUGGCCCUCUUCCACAAAAUAAUGCCACACGUGGACAUGCUGUAUAACCAGCUGCAGAAAAGGAACAUCGAUUCUGUCUACAUCUCCGGAAUCAUCCAGAGAUUCAUUGACAACAUGCAGGCUAUCAGGGAACCUGUCCCUUCUCUAGUUGAGGGUCAGGAGUACCAGGGACCUGAACAGGAGCCACCCACAAAGAAACGGAGGACAUUGGGAAAAGACAGGCAACACCAUUUGGCAUUGGAGGUAUGUGACACCAUUAUGUGCCAUGCCAAGGAGCGGUUUUCCUUCACCAAAAACCUGGUCAGUGCCACUCUGCUGCAAGGAGACUUGUUCCCACAACACCACAAGACAUUCCCAGAUUCAGCGCUGGAUACCACGGUGGAAGCCUAUCCCUCACUGGACAAGGCCAGACUUAAAACAGAACUGUCCCUGAUUUACAGCAACGAGGAGUUCCAGAGUUGCUGUGGUGCACUGACUCUCUUUCAGGUUCUGAUGGAGAAUAACCUUCAGGACACAUUUACUGAAACUGUAAGUCUUCUCAAUAUCCUCAUGACCACACCGAUGACAACAUCUGAAUCAGAGAGUUUAAGCCUUCGUGAAUUUCAAAAUGCCCAAACAAUGAUUUUUGCUGUUGAGGAAAUCAACAACAGAACUGAUAUUCUUCCUGGGGUCAAACUGGGUUAUAAAAUAUAUGAUUCCUGUGGAGCAGUAGAGAUAACUACCAGAGCCACAAUGUCCUUAGUUAAUGACAAUGGUAAAAAUACAUUUGAAAUGACAUGUAAAAAACCUGAUGCAGUUCAAGCAAUCAUAGGACAACCAUCCUCAAGUCCCUCUAUUGCCAUUGCUGUUACUGUGGGGUCAUUGCACAUACCUGUGGUCAGUCACUUUGCAACAUGUGCAUGCCUAAGUGACAAAAGAAAAUAUCCAUCUUUCUUCAGAACUGUUCCCAGUGAUUACUUCCAGAGCAGAGCUCUGGCUAAGUUAGUCAGGCAUUUUGGCUGGACAUGGGUAGGUGCCAUAUGCAGUGAUAAUGACUAUGGGAACAAUGGCAUUAAUGAAUUUAUUAUUGCAGCCAAAGAAGAAGGAAUUUGCGUUGAAUAUUUAAAAGCAUUCUUUAGGACAGAUCCCAAAGAAAAAAUUCUGAAAGUAGUUGAGAUUAUCAAGGCGUCAACCUCCAAAGUGAUUGUAGCAUUUGUUGCAUAUUCUGACAUUGGGGUUCUUCUAAAGGAAAUGGCCCUCCAGAACUUAACUGGGUUUCAAUGGGUUGGUAGUGAGUCCUGGAUUUCUGAUAUUAACCCAGAUAAUGCUCAGUGGCAGCAUCUUUUAAAAGGAUCCAUUGGUUUUGCAAUGCCAAAAGGCCAAAUUAAUGGCUUUGGCGAAUUCCUAACCAAGCUUAAUCCAACUUCUGAUGCACCUAUGUUUAAAGAGUUGUGGGAGACAAUUUUUGAAUGUAAGCUUCAAACACAAGAAAAUGUGAUAUUUAAUCAAAUGUGCAACGGCAAUGAAAGUCUUAGACAUGCUAAAAAUCCAUAUACAGAUGUUUCCGAAUUACGAGUUGCAAAUAAUGUUUACAAGGCAGUUUAUGCUGUGGCUUAUGCCCUGCAUAACACAUAUGGUUGUUCAAAGAUGGACAGUAAACAAGAAAAUCUUGCUGCAUGUGAAAACAUAGCUAAUAAACCAUGGCAGGUAGUAAAUGAGCUGAAGAAACUCCAUUUCAUUAGUCCAACUGGAGAGGACGUAUACUUUGAUAAAAAUGGAGACCCUGCAGCAAGGUAUGAACUGCUGAACUGGCAACAAGACAAAGAUGGUAAAACAGUAUUUGUUGAAGUGGGCUUCUAUGAUGGCUCUUUGCUAACUCAACAUCAGCUGUCAUUUAACAACAACACUAUAUCCUGGGCCCACAACAAACCACAAGUACCAGUCUCUGUGUGUAGUUUGAGUUGUGCCCCUGGAACCAGAAAAGCUGUGCAGAAAGGAAAGCCAAUCUGUUGUUAUGACUGUAUACCAUGUGCAGAUGGGGAAAUCAGCAAUAUAACAGAUUCUCUAACUUGUAUAAAAUGCCUCCCAGAACUGUGGUCUAAUAAAAAGAAAGAUACCUGUGUCCUAAAGCUAAUAGAAUUCCUGUCAUUUAAGGAAUUAAUGGGAAUCAUCCUUGCAUCAUUUUCUUUGUUGGGAGUAUCAUUCACUGCCUACAUUACAGUCAUUUUCUUUAAAUAUAAAGAAACCCCAAUUGUUAAAGCAAAUAAUUCCGAACUAAGCUUCCUGUUGCUUUUCUCACUUUUCCUCUGUUUUCUUUGUUCCCUUACAUUUAUUGGUCAGCCCUCUGAGUGGUCCUGUAUGCUGCGCCACACAGCAUUUGGGAUCACCUUCGUUCUCUGCAUUUCCUGUGUUUUGGGGAAAACAGUAGUGGUGUUAAUGGCCUUCAGAGCUACACAUCCAGGGAGUAAUGUCAUGAAAUGCUUUGGUCCUCUACAGCAGAGACUCAGUGUACUUGCUUUCACUUUUGUACAAGUCAUUGUUUGUGUACUAUGGUUAACACUAUCUCCCCCUUUUCCCUACAAAAAUAUGAAGUACUACAAGGAAAAAAUCAUAUUAGAAUGCAAUGUAGGCUCAGCUGUAGGUUUUUGGACUGUGCUGGGUUACAUAGGGCUCUUAGCUGCUUUGUGUUUUAUUUUGGCUUUUCUGGCCCGGAAGCUGCCUGAUAAUUUUAAUGAAGCCAAAUUCAUCACAUUCAGCAUGCUUAUAUUCUGUGCAGUUUGGAUCGCAUUUAUUCCUGCUUAUGUCAGCUCUCCUGGAAAAUUCACUGUAGCUGUAGAAAUAUUUGCCAUCCUAGCAUCAAGCUUUGGUUUACUAUUCUGCAUAUUUUUUCCAAAGUGCUAUAUAAUCAUGUUGAAACCAGAGAAGAACACUAAAAAGGAAAUGAUGGCUAAAGCACCUGCUAAAGCAUUUAGAUGUCCAGAUAGGUGA